GGAAGGAGAAGAAGAGAGGGACUCAAAUGUCACCGCUGUCAGCACUGUGACAAAUCCUUCACAACAUCUAGAAAUUUGAAGAAUCAUCGGAGAGUUCACACUGGAGAGAAACCGUACAGCUGUGAACAGUGUGGGAAAACUUUCGCUCUGUCAAGUUACCUAAAAAUCCACCAACGUGUUCACACUGGAGAGAAACCGUACAGCUGUGAACAGUGUGGAAAAUCUUUCAGUACAUCAGGUGCCCUAAAAAUCCACCAACGUGUUCACACUGGAGAGAAACCGUACUGGUGUGAACAGUGUGGAAAAACUUUCCCUCAAUUAGGUCACCUAAAAACCCACCAACGUGUUCACACUGGAGAGAAACCGUACUGGUGCGAACAGUGUGGAAAAACCUUCACUCGAUCAGGUCACCUAAAAAUCCACCAACGUGUUCACACUGGAGAGAAACCGUACAGCUGUGACCAGUGUGGAAAAUCUUUCAGGACAUCAGGUGACCUAAAAAUCCACCAACGUGUUCACACUGGUGAGAAACCGUACUGGUGUGAACAGUGUGGAAAAACUUUCCCUCAAUUAGGUCACCUAAAAACCCACCAACGUGUUCACACUGGAGAGAAACCGUACAGCUGUGACCAGUGUGGGAAAUCUCUCACUACAUCAGGUCACCUAAAAAUCCACCAACGUGUUCACACUGGAGAGAAACCUUACAGCUGUGAGCAGUGUGGGAAAACUUUCGCUGUGUCAGGUCACCUAAAAAUCCACCGACGUGUUCACACUGGAGAGAAACCGUACUGGUGUGAACAGUGUGGGAAAACAUUCGCUACACCAGGUCACCUAAAAAUCCACCAACGUGUUCACACUGGAGAGAAACCUUACAGCUGUGAGCAGUGUGGGAAAACUUUCGCUGUGUCAGGUCACCUAAAAAUCCACCGACGUGUUCACACUGGAGAGAAACCGUACUGGUGUGAACAGUGUGGGAAGACUUUCGCUGCACCAGGUUACCUAAAAAUCCACCAACGUGUUCACACUGGAGAGAAACCGUACAGUUGUGACCAGUGUGGGAAAACUUUCACUACAUCAGGACAACUAAAAAUGCAUCAACGUGUUCACGCUGGAGAGAAACCAUAUAGCUGUGAGCAGUGUGGGAAAAGUUUCACUACAUCAGGACAACUAAAAAUCCACCAACGUGUUCACACUGGAGAGAAACCGUACAGCUGUGAACAGUGUGGGAAAACUUUCAUUACAUCAGAUCAACUAAAAAUCCACCAACGUGUUCACACUGGAGAGAAACCGUACAGCUGUGAACAGUGUGGGAAAACUUUCAUUACAUCAGAUCAACUAAAAAUCCACCAACGUGUUCACACUGGAGAGAAACCGUACUGGUGUGAACAGUGUGGGAAAACUUUCGCUCAAUCAAGUAGCCUAAAAAUCCACCAACGUGUUCACACUGGAGAGAAACUGCACAGCUGUGAACAGUGUGGGAAAACUUUCGCUCAAUCAAGUAGCCUAAAAACCCACCAACGUGUUCACACUGGAGAGAAACCGUACUGGUGUGAACAAUGUGGGAAAACUUUCACUCAAUCAGCUCACCUAAAAACCCACCAACGAGUUCACACUGGAGAGAAACCGUACUGUUGUGGCCAAUGUGGCAAAUCUUAUACCAACAGGAGAACCUUACAAGACACAAAUCCAUUCACAAAGCGUCAGUGUGACAGUUUUCACAGAGCCGAGCUAGCUGUUUCCUUCUGCCCUGAAUACAACCACCUGUUAUCAUGCGACUGUGCUGGACUAACGUCAUGUGAUGACAGCUGA